CUUCUUUUCAUCUCAUUUCAAUAUGGACUCAAUAGAUAAUCGACCACCUCUCAAGAAACGAAAAUCAUUUAGACGUUGGAUAAGAAAAGUGACCACACCAAAAGUGUCACCCAUAUUGCCUAAAGGUGUUGACGGAAAACAUCAAGGUGUUUUUGGAGUACCUUUGGUAGCUUCUAUCUCUUAUGCACGAGCCACUAUUGGAUAUCAAGAUGCUGACCAAGUGAAUCAUCAACGUGCUGCAGCUAUCCCUUUAGUAGUUGCAAAGUGUGGCUCAUAUCUAAAACGCAAUGCCUUGGAAACAGAAGGUAUCUUUAGACUGUCGGGAAGUACAAAACGAGUCAACACUUUACAACAAAUCUUUGAUUCGCCACAAGCAUCGUAUGGAUUACAUCAUGUAUGGAAAGAUUAUUCUGUUCAUGAUGCUGGAAGUAUUUUACGACGUUAUUUUCUUCGACUUCCUGAUCCGGUGAUUCCUAUUCACUUUUACCAACAAUUCCGUGAUGUGAUGAAUGAUUCAAUGUAUGAAGGAACAAGUCAACGCAUUGACGCAUUUCAAUCUCUUAUAUGUCAACUUCCAACUGCUCAUCAACAUUUAUUAUUAUAUGUUUUGGAUAUGUUACGACUGUUUGCUACUAAUGCAUCAGCUACAAGAAUGGAUGCUGCUAAUCUUGCAGCAGUUUUUAGUCCUGGUCUUCUUAGUCAUCCUCAACACAAUUCUCCUGUACAAUAUAUGAUUUCUCAGCGUGUGAUUGAAUUUUUGAUUGAAUUUCAAGCCCUAUUUACGAUGGAUCUCCUAGUGGAUAACGAAACGAAACCUGUGGAGCCAGACGAAUCCCUUGUGUCACCUAACAUACAGACUCGCGCAUCUUCAUCCUUAUCACCUUCAACAUCUUCAUCUCGUAAAAUUAACAAAACGCCUAGUCCGCCCGUACCAACUAUUCCAUCUCAUUUUACUCAUCAAGAAAUCACCUCCGCUUCACUUGUCCAAUCACCUUUAUCCAUCCGUUCAUCGUCCUUACCUUUACCACAUCAACAACGCGGAAUAGUCAAUAUUGAAAAACCCCAUACGUUGGACAUAUCACCUGAUCAAUAUGAAAAAAUAACUGAUGAAGACGAAGAUGAUGAUAUUCCAACGCCAAGACCUGGGUCUCCAAUACAACAGUAUCAAUAUCACAAGGACGAUUCAGCUCCGAUCAAUGCAUCUUUUAGCAACUGGCAGCUCAACAAAAUCUUGGCUUCUAUAGAUUAUUGGUUGAAAAAUGUGUUUAAUCCAUUGAAAUUGGUUUGGCACCUUAUCUUAAGCACCAUCUUAUGUACCAUUCUUUUUGAAGCAUAUAUGAUAUAUGGCAAUCUGGCUAUUGUAGAACCAUUUCUGUUUUUCAGUGGGUUUGUGACAUAUUGGUUCUUGUUGAUCAACGGAAUGGAUAUACAACAUCAGCAACAACAGGAGGAACGGGAAGAUACAUUGGUUGGUGAUGAUAUGACCGGACCUAUACAAUCAUACAGACUAGAUGAUGGUUAUUCAGAUCAUGUUGUGGAUGAUGAUUUUGACAAGGAUAGUAUAGAACAUCAAGAUGGAGGUGAUGGUUUAUCACUUUUUGAUGACAUCUCAUUGGCUGGGGAUCAAGUAUCGGAACAAGCUCUUAUGCGUGAUAAGGAAAUUAUGGCAAAUUGGCAACAAUUAAUGACAAGAGCUUGGAGAGCAGCACCGGAUGAUAUUGAUAUGACAGUACAACAACAACAAGAAGAAGAACAUCCAAUGUAUCCAGCAUUAGGCAACAGUGAUAAUGGAUUAUUAGUAGACGAUGGAGCAUCUAUGGCUAGUGUAUCCAGUCGAUUCAACGAAGACUUUAUGGAUGAUGAUGAUGAGGAUGAUGAAGAAGAUCUUUUAUCCACGACUGAUGAAGAUUUGGAGCAAUUAUGGGCGCGAUAUGAACAAUUCAAGCAAGAUGAAGAAUUAGCAGAAAAACUUCAACAAGAAGAACAAGUCAAGAGCUUACAAUUGAAACAACAACGUGGCGGAAACAAUCCAUUCCUUGAUGACAGUAGAUAGUCUAGUUAUCUUAUUUAUUAUUAUUAUUAUUAUUAGUAUAUAUUGUAUUAUAGUUAUCGCGGUAGUAGUUCAUUCAUUUUUCAUUUUUUUAUCUUUCCCCCUUUUAUAUAUAUAUAUGUAUUUUUUUUCUCUCCUUUUGUUAUGUAAAUAAAUAUGAAAACUCAAAUUGAA